CAACGUGUUGUCACUCUCAUGAGCGGCGAGGCUUGGGAGGGCGGCUCUAUUCGGCCCCUCCGGACCCGCGGUGCUUCUGCUUCCGAGUUCCGGGCGCGUUCUGACUCCGAAGCGAGGCACGUCUGAACCCUCCUCCGACGCGUGUCUUUUCCCUCCCUUUUCCCAUUGCUUUCUUCAGUCUGGAAGCUGCUUUCACUGGAGUUCUGGGUCCUUUAGAAGGAAAUCUUAAUUGCUGAAGCUUAAAGAACAUUCCAGUGAUGGAGGAGCAACAGCAGGAGGCUGCUGCAGAACCAGCACCUUCGCCUGAUGCACAAGGAGAUGACCCAAAAGACGAUUCAGACAUUACACCAAAUAUUUCUGAUGCAGAUGCUUUAAAGAUACUUUUGGAGAUGAAGAUGAAGAAGAGACAGAAGAAGCCCAGCCUUCCAAGCACUGUGACAGAACUUGCCACGGAAGAGGGCUCCAAAGUCUAUGUUGUUGGCACUGCCCACUUCAGUGACAGCAGCAAAAGAGAUGUAGUAAAGACAAUACAAGAGGUACAGCCUGAUGUAGUCGUGGUUGAACUGUGCCAGUAUAGAGUUUCUAUGUUAAAAAUGGAUGAAAGAACGUUACUAAAAGAAGCCAAAGAAAUCAAUCUGGAGAAACUUCAGCAGGCUAUAAAGCAGAAUGGGAUUAUGUCUGGAUUGAUGCAAAUGCUCCUGCUGAAGGUCUCUGCACAUAUCACAGAACAACUUGGGAUGGCUCCUGGAGGGGAGUUCAGAGAGGCUUUCAAAGAGGCUAGCCGAGUACCUUUUUGCAAGUUUCAUCUUGGGGACAGACCAAUCCCAGUCACCUUCAAGAGAGCCAUUGCUGCACUUUCUUUCUGGCAAAAAGUCAAGCUUGCCUGGGGCCUCUGUUUUCUCUCUGAUCCAAUAAGUAAAGAUGAUGUAGAGAAAUGUAAACAAAAGGAUUUACUGGAGCAAAUGAUGGCAGAGAUGAUUGGAGAAUUUCCCGACCUCCAUCGAACAAUUGUUUCUGAAAGAGAUAUCUACUUGACCUAUAUGCUAAAGCAAGCAGCAAAGCGAACAGAACUACCUCGUGCUUCUGAAGCUGAACCUAGAAGAUGUGUCCCUUCUGUUGUGGUUGGAGUGGUUGGAAUGGGCCACGUGCCUGGGAUAGAAAAGAACUGGAACACUGACUUGAACAUCCAGGAAAUAAUGAGUGUGCCUCCUCCAUCAGCUACCAGCAAGAUCAUCAAGCUUGUUAUAAAGGGUACUCUAUUUGGACUAGUGGGUUAUGGCUGCUAUCAGGUGGGACAAAGGACAGUUCGGUUUAUUCUCUCUCUGCCCAUCGCACAGAACUAUCUUCAGAAACUGGCAGAUAUAAAACCUCAGCCUUGAAUUGGAAGAUUCUCCAGUGUAUUGGGGCAAAAUGCAACAUGGAUAAAAGCAGACGGGGGUGGGGGGAAUGGCUGUGUUUGUGUCCCAUGGUCUCACCUGAUGCUGUGUUACCGCAUAACCAAUGGAUUGACAGUAAAGGCUACACCAGCUACAACCUAACUGAAUGAGCAUUCACCGACCAACCUGAUUAAAGGUGUGGCAUAAAAAUUUAUGCCAGUAUAAGGUACCUAAGGUAUGUACACAUAUAUAUUAUACGAUUAUGUGUAUAUAGCAUAUUUAUAAAGAUUAUGAUAGUGUACACAAUCAACAUGGAAUCUCGGGCAUGAUCCACUGGAGACUUCUAUUAUGCAAGUGCCAUUGAAAGGAAUCAAACUUGUUAAGAGGCUGCUGUUAUUCAGUUCACUGAAGCUUGCACAAAAGAUAACUUGCUUGUGAAUUGGGUCCAGAGCAGAGCUUGGAAAUGUAGCCUAUUUUGGACUACAACUUAUAGAAUCCCCCAGCUAGCAUGGCUAGUGGUCAAGCACAUUGGAAGAUUCUAGAACUUGUGGUUCAAAAAUUACUUUUCAAGCUCUGGUGAAGAGGAGCAAUAUGGUAGUUGUGUUCCUAUUAGAAAGCACAGUGGCUCCCAAAGCUAUGUGUGUUUUCAAUAUAAAUAAUAGCAAGCUAUCCUUCCUGGUGCCAAGCACCUAUAAAAUUACUUAGGAGGACCUCUUCUUACUGGAAGACUUUUAUACAUAGUGGCUUUUUUUGUAAAACAAAACAAAAACAAUACAAUAAUAACUGCAGAUGCUUUUGAAAUAUCAAAUGUGCUAGCUAUUGUUGAUCAACCUCUAUCUCUUUCAAGCCUUAUUGACUACAAAAUAAAGAAGUUGCCUUUUCCACUGGACCCAGUGGAUAUGAUCCAGCCUUGCUUAAACACCCCAAUCAUCCAUUUUGAUGGAGAGCCUAUCCCUUUCAUUCAAAACUGUUUUAUCGUGGCUGGGUCAUUCCAUUUGGUUUUCUGGCCUCCUUAAAAGGCCUCCUUAAGAAGUUCAGCUGCAAUCUCUCUCCUUUUCUAUUUUCUUUUCCAUUGCUGCUGGGUAAUUAUGUUUACAGAACACACAGUUCCUUGAAUUAAUUGUGUUCAAAUUGUUAAGCCAAUUCCUAUUGGCAGGAAGUUUAGUACCAGAAAAUUACUGAAAGGCUAGCUCUUCUUUCAGCCUGGUGUUCUCCAGAGGUGUUGAACUGCAGCUCCCAUUGCCAUAGCAGCUAUGCUUACUGGUUUUAUUGGAAAUCCAGGUUCACUACAUCUGAAAGACACCAAGUUGUAGAAGGCUGCUGUAGAUCUUUUGACUCCUCCUCUUUGGGGGGAAAAUAAAUAUGGAACUGAUGCAAAAUGUAGUAUUUACCCUUAAUUUCUUGGAUGCCAUGUGAGCUAUUUAUCACAGUUCUAGUCGAAUGUAAUAAAAUACUGAUUUAAAAAUAAGUGGAAUGUUACUUUAACAGAAAUCAGUUAUUAUUUUUAAACCUUCUGGAUUUUUUGUGUGUAGCAUUAUUUUACAAUUGUUCCAACUUUUUAAAACAUCUACAUUUAUUUUUAAAAAACUUUUUGUCCUGUAUCUUUUGUAGACAUUUAUAUACCCUUACAAUUGCUUUCGAGUGUGUAUUACUUGAUGCCAUGCCUACCAAAUACCAAUAUCAUAAAAAUCAUGACGUUUACACCAUUCUGUAAAAGUAUCUUGCCUGCUACUGUAUUUUUAUACAAACGCACAUUGCCUGAAGAAAAUGCAAUUUCUAACCUUAAUCUUCUUUAAGCCUCUGGGAAGAUGCAAUGUGGGCACUGAUCUCAGUAAGAUCCACAGCCUGAAUGCAUAUUUAACCAUUAGUGGAACGGUGGAUGUUCCAAAGCCAUUGGGCAAAAGAUAAAUGCCAUGACAGUCUGUCUUUUGAAAUGCUCAUGUUUUGUUUUGUUUUUAAAAUUGCUGGGAACAGUCUAGUACAAGUAAGUACCCUUGGUUCCCCCUGAAAAACCUGCAGAUUGUGUCUGGUUUUGGUUCUUACCUUUAAAGAAGUGGUAGAUUUGAUCUUGUACUGGUAAUAAUGCAGUAACAUUGCUUAGGAAAGUUCCAUGUAAUGAUCUGAAUGGGACAUAUGAUGGAUUCCAGUCAAGAAUUUAUUGACAACUAUUGCAAAUUAGUUGUACUGACUAUUUCAUCUCACCAAGGCUGAAUGGACUGUGCACCCUGACAUACUGUGGUUUGAGUGUGUUGAAGUUAGAUCUUGGGGGGGGGGGGCUGGUGUUGCCAGUUAAUAACAUUUUGAUUCUCUUCUGGAAUUCUAGUCACCGAAUGAAAUUAAUAUGUCCAGAGAAGACAUUUUUGAAGUGGUAGAGUAACUGCAAAUCCUGUGUGGGGAAAUACAUUUACACAUAUCGUUGAUGGCAAACUAGGUUACCUGCUUGCUCACUUAUGAUGUGAUGGCAGAGGGUCAGUUUUUCACGGUAAAAUUCCACUCAAGAUGCAAAGGGCGGAGUAAAGGACCAUAUGUAAACAAUUCUUUAGUAGUUGAGAAUUAUCCAACGGAUUUAUCUUUUAAAAAAAUUAAACUGGUAGAGUCUCUUCUUACUAAAUCUCUAGGUCAGAAUUUAUUUUUGUUCUUAUGCUAACAGAAUCUGACUUCCAUCAAUGGAUCCAGGAAUCAUCAUCUUCUGUCAUACAGAAAAUUGCUCUGGAUAGUCUCUUAGCUCUCCAGAGGAGUGUGUGUGUGUGUAGGGAAAUGAUCUCAUCUUCCUGGAUCUGCUUUCAACUACUCAGUUUGAUCUUGGGCCUAAGAGUUAAAAAAUAGAUCAGUGCUUUACUCCUUUCAACCCCCUUAUAUCCUCGAGUAUAAAUUCAGCCAUGGGAUGAUGAGGCUAUCAAACUUAAUAUCUAACCAAAACAUAUCACAAACCUGUUAAUUAACUUCUAUCUUGUACCUUUGAGUAGAUUAUGUUUGCUUUAAAGUAUUAAUACUUGGGUAAAUUCUACAGGGGAUUAAAAGGCAAAUGGCAAAUAAGUGAGCCUUAAACUUGAAUGGACUAAUGUUAAAUGAGGGACGGGAAGUACGAUUGUGCUCUGUGUAUUUCCACAUGCCAAAAAAGGACAAUAAUAAAAUAGCUACAUGGAGGCAUU